AUAAUGACAUAAUGUCAAAAUUCGCCAUAACAUUGCGUUGUGGAAGCUGAAAAUGCUGUUAUCAGUUCAUAACUGAAAUUGAUAAAUAAUCUUAGGGCUUAGUUUAACCAUAAUAUAUAUAACAUACAUCUAUCUAACCACAUUUUCGACACCUUAUAUUUCAGGUGCUCAUAAAAAGUUCCAUAAAUAUUUACAAAAUGUUUUGUAGAACAAUUGCAAAAAGAAUAACUGGCCAAGGAAUUAGAACGGCAAAUUAUGUAACCAAACCACCUAAACCAGAAAUACCAACAAAUCCAUUAAGUACCAUUUAUUCAGCUACUCAUCAAAAAACAAAUGGUAUUGUCUAUGAUAGAAAGCCCUUUAAGAUAGCAUUAGAAGCUGGUAAAACUUAUAGCUGGUGUUUGUGCGGCAGAUCUAAAUCCCAACCAUUUUGUGAUGGAACACACAGGAAUAUCUACCUUAAAGUUGCAGAAAAGCCCAUUAGAUUUUCAGUAACAGAAUCAAAAGAAUAUUGGCUGUGCAACUGUAAACAGACUAAAAAUAGGCCAUUUUGUGAUGGUACACAUAAACAGAAGGAAAUCCAAGAAGCAACCACUGUCAGAGUAUAAAAUGUAUGCUUUGUACAGAUUAUUUAGUGUUUAACAUUAUUUAGUAUCUAGGUUACUAACAAAUUAGGCGAAAAUAAAAAUAUACUUUAAAAAAUA